AUGAAUGUGGGUGAGAUCGUGUUCACCGAGAACGAUCUGUCCGUCUUGGCCGGCUUCCAGCAGUACAAGGCCCAGUUUGCAGAGGACAUCUACUCCUACUUCUCCACCAUCUACUCCGAGGUCAGGUCCAGGUACCACCGCCGUCCGUACCUGUCCUCGUUCCACCGUCCAGGCUACGGGGAGACCUUCCCCAAGGACCUGCAGAUCCCCACCAUCCAGAAGUACAGCUCCAUGGGGUCUGCCUUUUUGUUUCUGGCGGAGGUGUUCCCACAACUCUCCUUUGCCGAGGACUUUACCUGCGAACAUGAACAGAGUCCGCCCAAGUCCAUUGAUGCCAUCGCCUCGUGGUUCACUUUCAAGCUGCUACCGGGCUCUGACAACGAACUGUGGUACCUUUUGGUGCGCAUCUGCUGCUACAACUGGCAGGACACCUCCGUGGCGUACCCAGCUCUCCACACCUUGAACUCCUUUCGCCAGCUGGUCGACUCUAUCCGGGCCCUGGCCACCUACUCUGUUCUCUACCGGUUUCUCCAUGCUGGGGCCAUCCCCGGUGACUCUACUGCCGAUGAGAUCUUCUUCACCAAGAAGAGUGAGCCAUGGACCUGGACCAACGUCAUGUACCACAAGCUGACCGUGGCGUACCAGAACUACACCAAGUUCAACGUCAGGGUGUGCAAGCCAGACGCCGUGCUUAUCUCCGGCAAGAAGUUCUCCCGAUCCUACAUCAGGGAGUUUUACGCCAACGUCAAGGAGCGUUUCGAGUCCAACCUCUCUGACCUGCGUCAGUAUUUCGACAAGGUCUUGUCUGUGCAGGCUGUUGCCGAUGCCACGCUGAACUCUCCCACUGCCAUCGAUGUUGCUGAGAAUAGAAUCAAAACCAAGAAUUCGCUGUUGCUGUUGAUCAACGAGACGGCUCUGGCCAAUGUUGUUCCUGAUUUCAAGCCCAAUGUCACCAUCGAUUCACAGGAGGUCGCCAGGUUAGUCGCUGAUAUGGGAGUGUGUGUCAUGUGGAUGAUCUACUUUUCUGCCACCGGGCCCUACAGGUUUCCUGAUAUGCUGAUACUGAAGUAUGCUGGUAACCAACGUAACCUGUUUGUGGACCCUGAGUCUCGCUGCCUGGACAUCAUUACUGAGUAUUCCAAAAACAGAGAGGGCAAUCCAAUGUGCAAGACCCUGGACAAGGUCACCUCAGACCACCUUUUCUACUACAUCAUAGUUGCACGUAACAUGCUGAAGCACGCCGUGGGGACCGAGUAUGCUGAUAUGAAACGGGACCUGUUCAACGAGACCAACGGUGCUGCUGAGGAGUCGUUGCUCAACGGCUACCUGGCUAGGUCCAUUGGUGACGGGAUCAGUGCUGAUGAUAUGGACCCGGUUAGGUACUCCAGAAACGUGGUUAAUUCUUUUGUCUUUGUGGACUGCACCUCCCAUUCGCUCAUGCACUAUGCCAGGUUCUCUGCGUUCCUCAAGCUCUACCCCAUGUCUGUUAACUGGAGCAUGCGUCUGCCAUUCCGGGAGAUGAGGCACGGUAUGAUCAAGCUGGUGCGUGAGUACGUCAAGGUGGAAGGGGAGGACGUGGGAGUGUCUGCUGCCAAGGAGACGCUGGCUGGUCAUUCUGCUGCUACUGGGCUGGCCACCUACGGUAUUGACCAUGAGAAAGGUCUAGCUGCUGAUGGCUCUCUUGAGAAAGUACGCUCCCUGGUCAAUGCUGCCUGGCACCACUGGCUGGGUCUUGGUUACGGCUCUCCUGCCGAAGAUGGUGAGUCUGAUAUUGCUAAGAAUUCCUGUGAGAAACGGUACUUCCAUCCCAGUGGCUCCAUCAAGGACACAAUUAUGAAAAUUUACCGAGGCCAAGAUUCGAAGCGCGACCGAAAAAACAUAUAUUGGAAGUGCGCCUCGCUAAUAGGUGGAAAAACCAUGGACUGA